UGCCCGCGUGCGUCAGAUAGUUUUCUCCAAUGGGUAAAGGGGACUAAGGACUUGUUGUCUCUCUCUCUCUCUCUCGCCGGCCCCCGCAGUCCGCAUCCCAUCGGCAGGGGAAGAGAUGAUGCCCGACUCCGCGAGUGCGCUGAAGCACGCAGCCCUGUGCCUGAUGCUGCUGCCCCGCUUCCUCCUGGCCGCCGUCAUGCUGUGGUUCCUGGAUUUCUUGUGCAUUAGGAAAAAAGUGCUGUUGAAAAUGGGAGAGCGGCAGGACGGCCAGGACGACCCGCCGGUGUGCGUCUCGGACUCCAAUAAGAUGUUCACCUUGGAGUCCCUCAGGGCCGUGUGGUACGGACAGAAAUUGGACUUUCUCAAAUCGGCGCACCUCGGGCGCGCGGCUCCCAACACCGCGGUGAUGCUGGUCCAGGAGCGGCGGCAGGUCCAGAUCCUGGACUGCAUGCAAGGGAAGAGACCGCUCAUCCUUAACUUCGGCAGCUGCUCCUGACCGCCGUUCAUGACGCGGCUCACGGCGUUCCAGCGCGUCGUGAGCCGGUACGCGGACAUUGCGGACUUUGUGGUCGUGUACAUCGAGGAGGCGCAUCCGUCGGACGGCUGGGUGAGCUCGGACGCGCCGUAUCAGAUCCCCAAGCACCGCUGCUUGGAGGACCGGCUCACCGCCGCGCGGCUGAUGCUCGCCGAGGUGCCCGGCAGCAACGUGGUGGUGGAUAAUAUGGACAACUCGUCCAACGCCGCGUACGGAGCCUACUUUGAGAGACUUUACGUGGUGAGGGACGAGAGGGUGGUGUACCAGGGGGGCAGGGGUCCGGAGGGGUACCGGAUAUCCGAGCUUACCAACUGGCUGGAGCAAUACAGGGACGAGCUGGCGCAUUCCCAAACAGCGGUGCUCCAUGUGUAGUGAAAGAUGCUGAACCGCCUGCUGCUCGUGCCCGCUCCGCUUCUUCGGUGUCCAGCUCCCAGUGCAACACGUUCAGAUGCUGCUAUCAAAGCCUCCGCACGUGGCACGUUGUGUUGUUUGUUCUCGCGUAAAGAUAUUCAGGACUCUUUGACAAAUAGCCUCUAAAGUCACGUGCAAGCCUAAAUGUAUAGGCCGGUGUGUUGUGCUUGUCUUGACUUUAAUUGAUUGAUUGCUUUUUUUUUUUUUUUUUUUGUAUGGGAAAAAGUCUUGAAUCAGGUGAAACUGGAUUCAAUUAGCAAUCACUCUAUUUUUAUACAAUACUGGCGUGCGUGUGUGUGUGUGUGUGUGUGUGCGUGCGUGUGUGUGUGUGUGCGUGCGUGCGUGCGUGCGUUCCAGGCUGACGUCUCACUCUGGUGUUUCUGUGAAGUUCGGUUUUUAAAAGGCGACGCCAGAAAACCGACACUGAUGUUUCCG